AUGAACACUCUGUCAUCGGCCGCAAACAUUGGCACUGGCUUUCCCUUCGAUUGUAUUUUCACGAGUGAAGAAUGCCCGAAUGAGCACAUAAAAUUCUGGCUGUACAAAAACGCCACCCAAGGCGAACCGCUACUCUUGGACGCACUCAAUCUCAGCGCCACCGCCUUCGAGCCUCGUUGGCCUUUGAAAAUUCUCAUACACGGCUUUAACGGUAAUCAGCAUGCCUCACCCAACCAGGAGUCACGGCCAAUACUACUGCACACCCAGCAAGCGCAUGUCAUUUCGGUGGACUACAGCAGAUUGACGCGCUUUCCCUGCUACUAUCCUUGGGCCACGUCCAAUGCGCGCGUGGUUGCGCGCUGUCUAGCACAGCUUAUUGACCAACUAAUCGCCAGCGGCAUUUACACGGCUUCAGAUUUGCAUUUAAUCGGUUUUAGUUUAGGCGCACAAAUCGCUGGCUUGUCAGCCAAUUUUGUUAAACAGCGCUUGCAACGCAUAACAGGUUUGGAUCCCGCUGGUCCCGGUUUUGUUACACAAAAUCUUAGCGAAAAGCUGGAUGCCUCAGAUGCAGAAUUUGUCGACGUCAUCCAUACGGAUCCGUUUUUCUAUUCAUCUUUGGAGCGUAGCGGUCAUGUGGACUUUUAUCCUAAUCUAGAAAAAUUCUUUCAGCCUGGCUGCAAUUUGGUUAAGAAUGGGCGUAUUCGUAAUUGCAAUCAUUUUCGUGCGCCUCUAUACUACGCUGAAUCCAUUGACAGUGAGCAUGGCUUUUGGUCCUAUCAUUGUGGCGAGUGGCUGGAGUUUGUGAUGCAGCAAUGUCGGCGUUAUGCGGAUGUGCCACACGCGCUGAUGGGCUAUUUUGUGUCGAAAAACGCUUCAGGCUCCUAUUUUCUUCAAACUGAGGCGCUCGCACCAUUUGCCAAGGGUCCUAUUGUCGGUGUGGAACUCGAUACUAAAAUGCGUCCAAAAGGUCUUACAGAUCUAGAAAUAAAACAGAUAAUAAAUUUCGAUUGGAAUAAUUCUGAUGAUGAAGAAGAUGAGGAAGAAGAAGAAGAGUUAUAUGAUUCGAAUCUGGAGAAAUUCAUUGAAGAAACGAUGGAUAAAGUAAUGGAAAGAGGGGAAAACGUUGAAAUAAAUUUGAUAGACGGUAUUGUUGGAGAAGAUGAGCAUGCUGAUGAAGAAGUUGAAAAUGUUGCGGACACAGAAAACAUCGCCGAGUAUCAAUUUCAAGAGGGUGUCCAAGGCGAAUUUAAUAAUGAAUUACAACAAACACAUCAUUUGGACGUAAUGUUCUCUACGGCGAAAAAUUCAAAUUCGCCGGUAACACCGCCUUAUUAA